AUAUGUCUAUUGACAAACGCCCGGCGUGUUGCCAGUGUCAGGGCUGAGGUGUAUUCCAACCUUUAUAGUCUUGACCGUGAGAGUUUCCUUGCAGUACUGGACAAUUACCCGCUGAUGCGACGCACUAUGGAAUCUGUAGCUGCUGAACGACUCAGUAAAAUUGGGCAAAAUCCUGCGAUCGUAAGCAAUCGUGAGGAUUUAAAAGAGGACCUCAGCCUUGUUAAAGAAAUUGUAAGCUCUGUGCAGAGUCCAGGAGAAACUGAUGAGUCAAGUUCAGAAAUAAAUAAUUCUGAUGAUGCGGCUGGGAAUGGUAACCGUUGCAGUGGCGAUAAAGGGGACUAUGCUGGUGGUGGGUCACUCAGCUCACUUUGGUCUAGUCAGCCAAGCGGAGAGGGCCUCAGCAUAACAGGGCAGAUGCGACAACGCUUGCGAUUAAAAAGGACCUCGGCCAAUAAUGGCCGCAAGCGAUUUUGGCGUGCAGCCCCACAAAAGCAUCUACGUCGAGAUAGCUUAGAAGUAGAGGCUGCGGGACUUAUCAUGGAACAGGAAACUUUGGAGAUCGAAAAAGAACGGGUGACUGACCGCACCGAUGGCAUAGACAGAGGCUUGCUGCGUGGAGGUAACCUGAGUAUACCUCACAAAUUAGCUUCUAGACCAAAACGCAGUAUCCAAUGCAGGAAUGGUCUCGGAGGUGUGGCCAAAUUGCUAAGGAAAGCAGCAUCCCGUCAGGGACAUAGUGAUGAGGAAAGUUUGAGUAACUUGGAACAACAAAAAAAUGAUUCCAUAGAACCGAAUAACAAAAUAUCUCAAAUCAGACUUCAACCAUUAAGCAUGGUGAUGCGCAAACACAGCUUCAAAUUCUUAGCCUCUAAAAGAGAAGUAGAACAAGAAGAAAAAAGAAAAAACAACUUGCUUGAAAUACAGUUACCUACCGUUGAGAUGUCUGGUGAAGCUGAAACAUUUACAAGAGCUAAGCAAAAAGAAGGUGAUUCGCUUGCUUUGUUAGUUAGCGAAAAACAGAGCUGGCUAGCAAAGAAGACGCAAGAUAAUAAAAGUAUUUUAACUGGUGAUAAGGAAAAGAAUGAAGGGAUAAAGGAAAAUAAGGAGAAAGGAAGACAAUCAAUAUUAAUAACAAAUAAGGGGGAAAAAUUAACUGAUAUAUCUGAUGAUGAUCGAAAGAAGGGACUUUUUUUGGAAAAGGAAAUUCGAGACCUAGACAUAGCAAAUAGACGCAUUAAAGAAAGAAUGGAUGAAGCUAAGUCAAAAAAGCAUUAUUUAGAGGUCGUCCAAGAUAAAAGAAAGAUUUCAAGAAAUAGCUUGCAAAUCAAUAGACGAAGUUAUAAAGAAAAUACCAAUUGUUCGAGCCAGAAAGAUUUGAACUUGCUAAAAGUGUUUAGUGUUAAGACUUCAGCUCAAUCGAGAUCCAAUGAGUCCCUUUAUUGA